ACGACGAAAUCGAUAUUUCUGUCUUGUCUGUGCUUUCCUGCUCUGUACAUCGCAGUGCUGUUGACGGUCAGUAAUACUUCGAACCGCGAGAUUCUACGUCGCAACAUUUGAAAACAGUGAAUACUGAAUUUGUUUCGAGCAAUCGAUUCAAAUACGACUGAUAUCAUUUUUGUUGUGAAAAUUCGCUAGAACCGACUUGUGCCUGUUCCACCCGAUUAAAAAUGUUUGCUUCCCUGCGAAACUUUGGAAGUCGAAUUGGGCAGCUGUUUACGAGAAAAAAGAGCGAGGUAGCCGAAGAGGUACAAGAAGCUGAAAACCGUGUUGAAGAUGUAGUGGAAGAGAGAGUUAAGAAAACUGAUGAAGCUUUAGAAAGAACCAAGAGUGAUGCGCAAAAGAUUGCACAGGAAGCAGCAGCGGCAGUCAACAGAGGAAAAUCGAACUUGAGCGAUGACCUUCAAAAUGUGGGCCGCCAAAUUGAUGCCAAAAUCCAAGAGAAAGUCCAACCAAUUGAAAAUGAUUUCCAAGAUUCACUUCUCAACAUAGGAAAAACCAUUGAUAAUAAAUUACAUGAUGUGUCUGUUACAGCUGAAAGCAAGAAAAACGAAUUCACCCAUGCCGCAGAAUCCGAACGGCAGAAAAUCGUUAGCGGAGCACAGAGUCUCGCUAAAACUAUUGACAAUAAAGUAAAAGAAUCGGAAGAAGCCGCUGUCCGAAUAGGCAGAGAAUCGGGAGAACAUAUUCAAGAAACAGCUGAUGCAGUUAAUAAUCGAGUGAAAGAAGCUGAAGAGGCGGCUGCAGAAAAAGCUCGAGCGGCUGCAGAAAAAGCCCGAGCGGCUGCAGCAGCUGCAAAAGCUGAACAGGAACGAAUAGCUGAAGAUGCCCGAAAUAUCGCAAAAAAAGCUGAAGAAGCAGCUGCGGAAAAAGCUAGAGCGGCUGCUGCAGCUGUAAAAGCAGAAGAGGAAAGACUGGCGGCAGAAGCACGAAAUCUCGCCAAAAAAGCUGAAGAGGCAGCAGCCGAAAAAGCCAGGGCGGCAGCCGCAGCCAUCAAAGCUGAAGAACAAAGACUGGCAGAAGAAGCACGAACGUUCGCUAAAAAUAUGGAAAACAAACUUAAGGAAACUGAAGCCGCAGUAGCUGCAAAGGCCAAAGCUGCCGCUGAUGCUGUAGCAGCAGAAAAACAACGAAUUGCUGAAGGAGCCCAGAACUUGGCGAGAAGUGUGCAAGAAGCAGAAGCAGCUGCUGCACAAAAAGCGAAAGAAGCAGCGCAGAAUGUUGCAAGAAACGUGGACGAGAAAGUUCAAAGCACAAAAGAAGCUGCCGCGCAAAAGGCUAGAGAUGUAAUUGAAGGGGCAAAUAAUGCGGCGAAAGCUGCCGAUAACAAACUAAGAGAAACUGAACAGGCUGCCAUUACUGGAGCUCAGAAUUUUGCGAAGAAUAUUGACAGUAAGGUAAAAGAAACUGAAGAAGCCGCUGCAAAAAAACUGCAUGAAGCUGCAGAAUCUGCCGAAGAAGAGAAACGCCAACUUGCACAGAAAGCUCACGAGCUAACGCAGAACAUCGAAAAUAAAGCCAAAGAAGCUCAAGAGGCCGCUGCGAGUAAAGCAAAGGAGAUUGCGGCCGCAACUGAAGCUGAAAAGAACAGGUUAGCCCAAUUAGCUGCCGACAAAUCAGCAGCUGCUAUCCAAGGCGCUCAGAAUGUAGGCCGAAGCAUUGAUUCCAAACUAACAGAAACGCAGGAAGCAGCAUCAAAUAAAGCUAAAGAAGUGGCGGAAGCCGCCCAAAAAAACAGUCACAACAUCGAUAACAGGCUUAGAGAAACCCAAGAUGCAGCGGCUGAGAAGGCAAAGCAAGCUGCAAGUGCAGUACAAGAUGGCAAACAAAGACUCGCGGAAGGAGUACAAAAUGUGGCCACCAAUAUCGAUAACAAAGCGAAAGAAGCAGCCCAAGCCGCCCAGAACCUAGCAAGGGAUGUGGACAGCAAAGUUAAAGACGCUGAAAAAGCUGCAGCAGACAAGGCGAGGCAAGCCGUUGAAGGGGCGCAAAACAUGGCCCGAAGUGUGGACGACAAAAUAAAAAGCACCCAAGAAGCUGCAGCUAAUAAAGCAAAAGAAACUGCUGAAGGGAUUGAUGCAAGGUGGCACGAAAAACAGGAGGCUGCUUCAGCAGUGGCCAGACAGUCCAUAGAUCUAGCUCAGAAUGUUGCCAGCGGAAUUGAUAAGAAAAUUCACGAUGCUGCUGUAGCAGCUGAAGCCGAAAAACAGAGAUUAACACAAGGCGCUCAAAACGUAGCACAGAAUGUAAGCCAAGGAUUCCAGUCGUUUGGAAAUGCAAUGACGCAAAGAGCGCAACAAUUUAAUGCCGGCCUACACAAUGCUGAAAUCUCUUUAGAAAACCAGCUCCGACAAACAGCACAAAAUGUUGACAAUAAAUGGAGAGAAACAGGCAGAUCAAUUGAUGAAUCAGUUUCAAACGGAUUGGAAGAAAGCAAUAAGCGGGCUCAUGCUGGUUUGGACAAUAUUGCUAGUGCAACUGGUAAUAUUUUCGGCAAUAGUUUGCUACCAAAAGAGUGAUGAGUGGCAAUCUAACGACCCAGGUGACACUAUACCGCUGUGCAUUCUUCGAAAAUUUUAAGAAAAUACUAUAUAUUCAAUAUUGAUGUCAAUUUAUGUGCCUAUGCGAUAUUAAAGAAUGAGAUAUUUUUUCUAGGUGCCUAAGAAUAGGAUAAAUUUCUUUGCACUCUAUUAUAAACUGUUAUUUUGAUGUUUUAUUAAUUUUAGUACGUUUUAUUCCUAAUAGUCAAUAGUACUGUAAAGCUUUCAACCACGUGAAAACUUAAUAUAUUUUAGGCGAGUAUUAACUAUUAUAACACUAUUCGAUAUGUUAACCCGCUCUUCUGCAGCAUAUAGAAUCAGCAGAACGAAGUUUUCUGUCAACGGUUUACCUAUUUGAUUUUUAACAAUAUACCUUUUUAACACA